AUGAGGAACAGGACUAUAUCGAACAGGACUAUAGUGAACAGGACUAUAGUGAACAGGACUAAAGUGAACAGGAAAAGGGAGAACAGGGAUAUGAGGAAAAGGAAAAGCGGGAAAAUCCCUUUAAAUAUUUCCAACUUGUUCCAGGCCGAUUAUGGAGGACUUGACUCUGCUGCGUCCCAGGUUGUUGACACAAGGAUCAUUGCUGAACCCGUUGCUCCCAUUGCCAUCGUUCGAAGCAGCUUUGAUGGACCUCUCCCCGCCUUCAGAUACUCCUACGAGACUGAGAAUGAGAUCCAGCAAUCUGCCGAAGGAGAGAUGAAGGUGAUUGACGACAGCGAGGUGAUGGUGAUGCGUGGCUCCUACUCCUAUGUUGGCCCUGACGGUCAGACCUACCAGGUUGAUUGGUAUGCUGAUGAGACAGGAUUCCAUCCUACUGCUGCUCACCUACCCAAGUCUGUUGAACCUGAUCAUCCUGAGGUAGCUGCUGCUGUUCGUGCUCAGCUAGAAUUUGCUGCUCAAGAAGAUGCUGCUGCUGCUGCUUCUAAUAUUGUUGAGGAUCGACUGGCCGGCUACGGGAGCUUCUAAGUGAUGCUGAAAAAAUUAUCCCUGCCCUGAUUUCAGUUCAGAGCAUUGUUUGUGAUUAUUUACCAGUAUUUAUGCUAAUUUAUUGAUUGAUAAAAUAAAUUAAAAUUGUAAAA